GAGUGCUGCAUCUGUUGCCGAGGUAACGGCGAGCGGCGUUAGCAACCGCCCUACGACCCCAUCGUGCUCCAUCGCAGCCGCCGGACCCCCAGCCCACCAUGUCCAGCCCCACACGGCGCAGUGGCUCCCCCCGCAGCUCCAACCCCGCGUGGCGGGGGAUGAGCCCCGAGCAGAGGGGUCGGCCGACCCCGAUGCCCGUCAUGAACCGGUGCGUGGGCUCGGUGAUGUGGGAGCUGCACACUUCGGCAUACGGCCCCAACAACGGCCUCUUCGCCAUCGUGGGGCACAGCUGUACCCUCUACUCCCGGGGUCGGGACAGCGACCACGGGACUCCGCAAAGUGCUGUGGAUGCGGAGGGGAGGGCUCCGGGGAGCCUCCAGAUGGGAGCUCAGGACAGGGGUCCGUCCUGCACGCCGGUGCAACGGGCGCUGCUGUCGCUCACCCCGACGCUGGAGAAGCUUCAGGAUGUGAAGGGCUACGUGCUGGAGGCCCUGGAGCGGGGGAUGAGCCAGCAGGGCCAAGCGCCUUCCCCCAUGAAGAUGCUGCCCACCUUCAUCCGCUCCACCCCCGACGGCACCGAGAAAGCCGACGUGCUGGUGGUGGAGCUGUGCCAGAACCAUGUCCGCACCGUCUGGGCUUCCCUCACGGGCGGCGGAAACCAGAACCCACAGCUGAUGCACCACAUCUUCGAGAUUCCAGUGAACAUCCCGCAGGGCCCCGGGGAAGCGCUCUUCGACUUCAUCGCACAAUGCCUGAAGACCUUCCUGGGGGAAAUCGGCAGCCCCGAGACCCGCCUGCCCCUGGGCUUCGUCUUCCCAUUCAGCUGUAGGCAGAUGGCGCUGGACAAGGCUGAACUCAUCUCCUGGUCCAAGGGCUUCCAAUGCAGCAAUGUGGAGGGGAAGGAUGUGGUGCAGCUGCUGCAGGCGGCCAUCAGCAGGCAGGAGCUCAACCACGUGGAGGUGGUGGCCCUGAUGAACAACACGGUGGGCGCCAUGAUGACGUGCAGCACACCACAGAAACCUUGUGAGAUCGCCUUGGUUGUGGGUUCGGGCACCAACUGCUGCUUCAUGGCCGAGUCACGCCUCUUGGAACUGGCGGAUGUGACCAGCGGGCGGAUGUGUGUCAAUAGUGAGUGGGGCUGCCUGGGGGACGACGGCGCACUGGACAACGUGCUGACCCCGUAUGAUCACCGUGUGGACCAGGAGUCCUCCAACCCCGGGGAGAGGAGGUUUGAGAAGCUGGUGGGCAGUGUGUAUCUGGGGGAGAUUGUGAGGCACGCCAUAAUCACACUGGCCUCUGAGCAAGCACUCUUCGUCGGGAAAAACACCUCUGCCCUGGCGAACAGGGGCAUGCUGACAGCACAGCAGGUCCUGGGGAUCAUGGACAAUGAGAACGGCAUGGCCAAGGCUCAGGACCUGCUGGAGUCUCUGGGGCUGCAGCCCAGUGAACAGGACUGCUGCCGGGUGCAGCAGCUGUGCCGGGCCGUGGUGAGCCGUGCCGCCGCGCUCAGUGCCACCGGGCUGGCGGCGGUGCUCAGCCACAUGUGCUACAGCCGGCAACAGGAGCAGCUGAUGGUGAACGUGGGCGUGGAUGGAGGGCUGUACCUCACCAGCACCAGGUUUGGUGAGAUCAUGCGCAGCGUGGUGGGGCUGCUGGCCCCUGAGUGCACGGUCAACCUCGUGCCCACAACUGAUGGCAACGGGCUGGGGGCAGCCAUAGUGACGGCGGUGGCUCUGCGCCUGGCGGCACAGCAGAAGAAGAUGCAGCAGCUGCUGGGCCCGCUGCAGCUCAGCCAUACCGAUCUGCAGCGUGUGCAGGCACUGAUGAUGCAGGAGAUGGAGCGCGGGUUGGACAAGGAGAGAAACGCCGAGUCCUCCCUCCGCAUGCUGCCCACUUAUGUGUGCCACACACCUGACGGCACAGAGAGAGGAGAAUUCCUGGCGCUGGACCUGGGAGGGACCAAUUUCCGUGUGCUGGCGGUGAACGUGUCACAGGAGAACAUCGACAUGUCCAGCAAGAUCUACGCCAUCCCCACGGCCAUCAUGCAGGGCACUGGCGAGGCGCUCUUCGACCACAUCAUGGACUGCAUUAUAGACUUCCAGCACGAGAAGCAGAUGAGGGGUCAGGCCCUGCCACUUGGCUUCACCUUCUCCUUCCCCUGCCAGCAGCUGGGCCUGGACAAGGCUGUGCUGCUGAACUGGACCAAAGGCUUCAACGCCUCUGACUGCGAAGGGCGUGAUGUGGUUCAGUUGCUGCGGGACGCUGCGCAACGCAAACGGAACACAGCGCUGAAGGUGGUGGCUGUGGUGAAUGACACUGUGGGGACCAUGAUGGCCUGUGGCUACCAUGACCCCAAGUGUGAAAUUGGCCUAAUUGUGGGAACGGGGACCAACACCUGCUACAUGGAAGAGAUGGCAAAGGUGGGCACCGUGGAAGGGGACCAGGGCCGCAUGUGCAUCAACAUGGAGUGGGGCGCCUUCGGGGACAACGGCUGCAUAGAUAGCUACUUCACCAACUUCGACCGGCAGGUGGAUGAGAAAACCAUCAACGUGGGCAAGCAGAGGUUUGAGAAGCUUAUCAGUGGCAUGUACCUGGGUGAGAUUGUGCGGCACAUCCUGCUGGCACUGGUGGAGGAGGAGGUCCUGCUCCGUGGCAAGUCGUCCCAGAAGCUGAAGAACAGAAACCUCCUUCAGACCAAGUUCCUUUCCACCAUUGAGGCCCCCGGCUUGUCCCUGCUGCAGGUGCAGGCCAUCCUGCGCGACCUGGAUCUGGACGCCAAUUACGAGGACAGCGUGCUGGUACGGGAGGUGUGCCAAAUCGUGUCCCGGCGUGCCGCACACCUCUGUGCUGCGGGGAUGGCCGCCGUGGUGGAGAAGAUGCGAGAGAGCCGCGGCCUGGAGCAGUUCACUGUCACCGUGGGGGUGGACGGCACUUUGUACAAGAUGCAUCCAUACUUCUCCCAGAACCUCCAUAAGAUGCUGAAGGAUCUCGCACCCCGCUGCAAUGUCACCUUCAUGCAGUCAGAGGACGGCUCGGGGAAAGGGGCUGCACUAGUGGCAGCGGUGCAUUCCCGUCAGUCCAACCAGUCCUCCUAACAAUAAAACGCUUUGCUCUGCA